AUGCUCUCCACCCGCUACCUCGCCCGGCGCAUCUCCUCUCGUCCUGUCAGACGGUUCACACACUCGCUUUCUCGCUAUCACUCCGUCUCCGAGAAUGACUUGGCCCACUUUUCCAAAAUCCUGCCCUCCUCGGCCAUCCUCUCCACCCUCUCCCCCUCGUCAACGGCUGCUUCAGAACUCGCGCCGUUCAAUAAUGACUGGAUGAACAAGUACCACGGAAAGGCCACGACCGUGCUGAAACCACGCAACACGAAGGAGGUCAGCGAGAUCGUCAAGUGGUGCAAUGACCACCGGAUAGCCAUCGUACCUCAGGGAGGUAACACCGGUCUCGUCGGUGGCAGUGUUCCUAUCGGGGAUGAGUUGAUUAUCAAUCUCGCAAAUAUGUCGAGUAUUCGCUCGUUUGACGAUGUCUCUGGUAUCCUGGUAGCGGAUGCGGGUUGCAUCCUCCAGUCGCUUUCGGAUUAUCUGUCAGGUCACAACCACGUCGUACCCCUUGACUUAGGGGCGAAGGGAAGCUGUCACAUUGGCGGGAACGUCUCCACGAACGCGGGUGGCCUUCGUCUGCUACGAUAUGGUUCCCUUCACGGCAAUGUACUGGGGUUGGAAGUAGUCCUCCCCGACGGCUCCAUCCUUGACCAACUCUCCACCUCACGCAAGGAUAACACAGGCUAUGAUCUGAAGCAGCUGUUCAUCGGCGCUGAGGGUACACUUGGUAUUGUGACUGGUGUCUCGCUCCUGGCAGCGGCGGCACCGCAAGCGUCGAAUAAUGUAAUGCUCGCACUUCCCAAGUUCGAGAAUGUGCUCCCGCUAUAUAGGGAGGUCAAGCGACAGCUGUCGGAGAUCCUCUCGGCUUUUGAGUUCAUCGACAGGGAGGCAUACGACCUCGCGGUCAAGCAUGGCCAGGGUCGUGCUCUGGAUGCUGCAGAUGUGGAGGGCGCUGCUUGCUUCGUUCUGGUGGAAACAAGCGGAAGUAAUCGAGAACAUGACGAGGAGAAACUCAACACCCUGCUGACGACCCUCAUGGAGGCCGAUACUCCUCUGAUCAACACCGGUGUCCUAGCGACAUCGCCGGCACAGUUCUCUUCGCUAUGGGCGAUCCGGGAAGGAUUGACCGAAGCCAUGUCGAAGGAGGGCAAGGCGUACAAGUACGACAUCUCGGUGCCUCUGGACAAGUUCAAGGAGGUCGUAGAUAUUACGCGGGAGCACAUCCGAUCCAAGGGCCUGUUGCACCCUGAUGCCGUCAAGCAUGUCGUUGGAUACGGGCAUGUGGGUGACAGUAAUCUGCACCUGAAUAUCGUCGCGGAUGCGUACACCCCCGAAAUUGAAGCUGCACUGGAGCCAUUUGUAUACGAGCUCGUUUCGAGAUACAGAGGUUCUGUAUCUGCCGAACACGGCAUUGGCGUCAUGAAGACGCACGCACUGCAUUACUCAAAAAACGCGGAGAGUAUUGAGUGGAUGAAGCGGAUCAAGAAGCUGUUCGACCCUAACGGGAUUAUGAAUCCCGGGAAGGUUUUGCCUUAA